AUUUCGAUUCCGUGCGAUGCGAGUGUUUGUAUGAAACAUGUGAACGAGUGGAGUGAUAAAUAACCAACUCAUACUCAUUUUCAAUGUGAAGAAGCUAAGAACAAAUAACGAACAUGACAGUGAUGAAUAGUUUCAGAAGCGUUUUUACUUCCAAAUCGAAGUCACUCACCAAAUGGUGCCGUUCACCGUCGUACUCUUCCACCUCCUCCGCCGCCGCUGUGGUGGCUGAAGAACACCAAGAUAGCAGCACUUAUUUGAAAGAUUAUGCUGAUUAUAGAAGAUCUCUUUACGGUAACAUCACUCAUAAAGCUCUUCUUGUUGAUGCUGUUGGUACUCUUGUUCUUCCUUCUCAACCCAUGGCUCAGAUAUAUAGAACGAUUGGGGAGAAAUAUGGUGUGAACUAUUCAGAGGAAGAGAUUUUGUAUAGAUACAGAAGAGCUUAUAGUCAACCUUGGGGUAAAUCUCGUCUCAGAUAUGUUAAUGAUGGUAGACCUUUCUGGCAAUACAUAGUGAGUAAUUCUACUGGCUGUUCGGAUUCUCAAUACUUUGAAGAGCUUUAUAACUAUUAUAUGACCGACAAGGCAUGGCACCUAUGUGAUCCCAACACAGAAGAAGUGUUCAAAGCUCUUAGAAACUCAGGUGUGAAAUUGGCUGUUGUUUCAAAUUUUGACACUCGAUUAAGACCUCUCUUGCGGGCAUUAAACUGUGAUGAUUGGUUUGAUGCUGUAGCAGUAUCAGCUGAGGUUGAAGCAGAGAAACCAAAUCCAACUAUAUUUCUGAAAGCAUGUGAACUAUUGGAUGUAAAACCUGAGGAUGCUGUUCAUGUUGGGGAUGAUCGUCGAAAUGAUAUAUGGGGUGCCAGAGAUGCAGGCUGUGAUGCAUGGCUUUGGGGAAGUGAUGUUCACUCUUUUAAGGAGGUAGCACAGAGGAUUGGGGUCCAGGUCUGAAAAAGUAUGUUUAUGGAAAAAGUUCAAGAAUGUUAUCCAUAUGUAAAUAUUAAAUUUUAUUAAUAGUCUUUAGUCUUUAGGCUUUAGUUACAAGAAUCCACUGUACAUGUAUGAAAGAGAUGUGAGACUAUAACUGGUGAAACAGAAAUGAAGGUGUAGGUAGGAGCUUUUAUAUUUGCAUUCAUCAGUGUGUUUUCUUACAGAUUUUCUAAAGCUACAAGGAUUAUUAAUAAAUAAAAUAAACCGGUGGAUUAAUUUUGAGUAAA